AUGUCGAGUAAACAAGGGACCUCGCUUGUUGAUAUAACGAAGUCUCUUCUGGCCAGCGUGCAGGAAAGCCAACAAAGCCAGGAUCAACAGCAAACUAAUGAAGGUUUGAUGCAACACAAAAAGAUGAGCAACGACACUUCAAUUGACGAAGAAGAAGAAGAUCAGCGCAUAAGAAUCAAAGAAAACAACACGCAACUCUGGACUGCAUUAGAUCUCAGUGGUCAGAUGAUAACAACCAUUUCACCUAAAUUAUUCCAUUAUGGUUUCCUUAGAAGACUAUACCUCAAUGGAAACAACUUGAGAAAAGUACCAGAGGCAAUUUUACAAUUGAAAUCUUUACGUGUGCUUGAUCUUUCGUUCAACAUGUUAACGGAACUUCCAGGAGAAUUAGGAAUGCUUUUCAAUUUAAAAUAUUUAUACCUUUUCGGAAACGAUUUGAAAGAUGUUCCAUAUGAAUUUGGAAAUUUAUACCAACUUGAGUUUUUGGGAGUGGAAGGAAAUAAAGACUUCAAUCAGGAAUUUGUCAACAUCAUUGCAAAGAAAGGAACCCGUGGCUUGAUAAUUCAUUUAAGGGAUGAAGCACCACGCUUGCCUCCUCCUGAACCCCGUAAAUGGAUAGAAAUUGGAGAUGAUGGGGAACCUAAUCUAAACCCUGAUGAGCAAAAGCCGGCCAUUGAAUGUGAUCUCUCUUCUACCAGCUCUAAUUCGUUUACUUUGAUGAGCUACAACACUUUAUGUCAACACUAUGCCACUCCAAAAUUUUUCAAGUACACCCCAUCGUGGGCGCUCGCUUGGGAAUAUAGAAGACAAAAACUUACAGACGAAAUACUCUCGUACAAAACAAACAUCAUCUGUCUCCAGGAAGUUGAAACCAAAACAUAUGAAGAAUAUUGGGUUCCGUUAAUGGAAAGCAAUGGUUAUAAGUCUGUUUUUCAUUGCAAAAGUAGAGCGAGAACUAUGAAUGAUAAGAAUGCAAAGAAGGUAGAUGGUUGUGCUACGUUUUUCCAGACCUCAAUGUUCGAAUUGAUCGACAAAAAAAUCAUCGAAUACGGAAGAGUGGUAAUGACUCAAGACAAAUAUAAAAAGACUGAGGACAUAUUCAAUAGGUUCAUGAACAAGGAUAACAUAGCCUCCAUCUCUAUAUUGCAACAUAUCCCCACCGGAAAUAAGAUUGUAUUAGCAAACACACAUUUACAUUGGGAUCCUGAAUUUAAUGAUGUGAAAACAAUGCAAGUUGCAGUCCUUUUGGAGGAAUUGCGCGUGCUUCUUCUAAAAUAUACGAAUAGCAAAGAUGAGUUGAAUAAAAUUCCAUUGGUGAUAUGUGGUGAUUUCAAUUCCCAGACAGAUUCUGCUGUGUAUCAAUUGUUCUCUCAAGGUUCAGUGAAAGAGCAUUAUGAUAUUAAGGGGAGGGAUUACGGAAAGUUCACCUCUGAAGGAUGCACGCACCCAUUCCAUUUGAAGUCAGCCUAUGGAGCUAUUAACGAGCUUCCAUUCACAAAUUUCAGUCCUACCUACACAAAUGUCAUAGAAUAUAUUUGGUACUCAACGGGAACAUUGUCUGUUAGAGGUUUGCUAGGAGAAAUGGAUCCCAACUAUGCCAAAAGGGUCAUUGGACUACCGAGUGCAGAUUUUGUUUCCGAUCACUUACCAUUGAUAUCUAAGUUCGAGUUCAAGAAAUCAUCUUCAGCGAAGAAAGUUAAGGUUGAUUUCCGAGAUGGCAGUUUUUCCAGAAAGACUUGA